AUGCUGGACGACGUCGCCGCCGCCCGGAAGCGCCUCCGCCUCGACCACCGCUGUCUCGCCAACCACCGCCACCUCACCGACGCCGCCCGGCGCUGCCCCGCCGUCGCCCGCCUCCUCAACCCCCUCUUGCGUGGAUCCAAUCGGGGGCAAUCGACGCCCCCGACGACCUGCGCCGAUGCCGGACCACCCUCGCUGGAGCCACCCCGCCACCCGCCGUCGUCGGCGCCGCCUCCCCGUCUACGUCGCUCGUCCCCAUCCUCCUCCUCGCCGGACACCAUCGAGCCACGCCACCCUCUUCCCUACAACGAACAUGAGCACGCCUCGUGCUCCCUCUCAGCCCUCCUGUGGUGGCCGCGUCCCGCUCCUACCGCUGGCCUCCCCUGUCCCGCGCGCCGUCACCUUCGGUCACCGCCCGCCUCCCCUGCGGCUCCAGCCUAG